AUGAACGUGGUAUCGUCGGGUCAACCAACUUACUGGCCAACAGACAAAAGAAAAAUCCCAGAUGUUAUAGAUUUUUGUGUCAGCAAAGGAAUCGCUAAGAACAUCAUAUCGUGCCAGAGUUGCUGGGACUUAUCUUCAGACCACUCUCCAAUCAUAGUAGAACUACAUACCAUCCCCCAAGAACGCGCCAGAAAAUGUGUUCUGUAUAACAAUAGAACUAACUGGUCUCUAUUUCGUGAGCUCACAGACAAAGCAUUCCAAGAAUCAAUUAGCCUAAAAUCGGAAGACGAAAUAACGGAAGUGGUGCUAUACUUCAACAAGAGUGUGCAAGAUGCAGCAUGGUCAUCGACCCCACCACCACAAUCUAGAAACCUGGAUACCCACGUACCGAAACACAUAUUCGAUAAAAUAAUCAAAAAAAGGAGGAUACGAAAACGCUGGCAAACAACCAGAGACCCUGUGGCGAAAAAACAACUCAAUCACGCCAACAGACAGCUAAAACACAUCCUAGAGAAAGAUCGUAAUGACGGAUUUCACAAUUACCUCGCCGGCCCGGAUACUACUGCUUCCACGGACUACUCUUUGUGGAAAGCCACCGGAAGACUAAAACGGCCUGUCAACGUCUCUCCUCCUAUAAGAAAACCAGUUGGUACCUGGGCGCGGACAGACCAGUAG